UGUACUCUGGGCUGUACACUCCCUGAUGUCUCCACCUGCAGCUGGUCAGCAGGUUAAUGGAUAAACUGAGUGAAAGCAGCCUGCGGCCCGGAAUCCACACACCGCUGCUGAGAAGUGCUGUAGGAACGGCUUUCAGGAAGAAAAAACAACAUGUUUUAGCUUUCAGAAACAUGUGUCACUAGCUGGACUCAUGUUUUUGACAAAGAAAUCCCUCAAAACUGCACCGCGCAUCGAGCUAACUUGAAGUUUCACCCACGGGCUAAACUGACCGCGGAGAGAGACGUACCGGGUAUCAGGGGACUUUCUAGCGGGUAAAUACGCGGAGAUGGACCGACACAGGUACUUCAUCUUCAACCAGAGGAGCGUACUCAUCCUCGGUAUCCUCCAGAUGGCUUGUGCGGCUCUGUGUGUGGUGUGCGGCUUCAUGGACGCUGUUUUCCGCAAGGACACCCCGCUGAGCAGCACCAGGACCCCGGUGUGGGGAGGACUGGUCAUGGCCUCUCCAGGUGUGCUGGCGCUUUUUGCCUCCCAAAGGAAAAACUCCAAACUGGUGAGUGUGAUGGUGGUAGCAGCGGGGCUUUCCUGUGUGGCAGCAGUGUUUAUAUCAGGUCCCUGCUACUCCUGUCUGACCCUCACCUACGGGGAGGAAGAUGAAGAGGUCUUCCAUCACCAUGACAUUCCUCAACGUUUGUUGCUUCAUCGGAUGGUGAAGGGGGCCAACGCCACCAUACUGCUGACCUGCACUAUCGGCCUGGCUCUCUCCUCUCUCAUCGCCUACGUGGGCUGCCGUAGUCUUCCCGCCUGUCGCUGUUAUGACGCCAGAACUGGACUGGAGACGCUGGUUCCUCAGUGCGACCCCGGGGACACUGAGAUGGUUUGCACAUGGCAAGGAGGUGAUGACAGGCUUUUCAACUCUCCUGCUCAGUCCACUGAGCGGGGCACCACAGAGGAAGAGGAUGCACCCUCCAAACUGCCUCCAUACAGCAGACUGACCUAACAGACAGUUAUGGAUUAUAUUUCCUCAAAUGAAAACAUCAAAUUGGAAAGUUGUAAAGAGGUCUUUUGGAGAGACACGAGUCAUUGUGCUCUUGAUAAGAUCAUGAACUGUGACAAUGUCUUUUUUUGCCUCCAUGACCAAAAGAUUUCUGUAGCCAUAGUUGAUUAUCUGCGUAUGUAACAUGUCAAAACUGAAAUGCACAAUUCCCUGUAUGCUGUGUGAAAGUAAGCUAUGUUCUCAAUAAGACAUUUUAUGUGUAUUUAAUAAAUAAAAACCUGACCGUG